AUGGACGAGUCCUUCAUCACCGCUCCCGCUUGCGCUGCUGGCCCCACUCGCAAACUUCGUAGCCAUCCACGUUUAGAUUCCUUCUGCGAUGAACAUGGUCGACAUAUCCUGCUACGUGGUCUGAAUGUCGAAGCCACGGCGAAAUUUCCAAAGAACGCCCCGGUAGUCGGAACCGCCGAGUUCUACGAUAGCGAUAAGGUCAGCUAUGUCGGCCGGCCGUUUCGCACCAUUGAGAGAGCAGACGAAUGGUUUAGGCGGAUGGCGAAAUGGGGAGUCAAUGUUGUUAGGUUCCUCGUAGUUUGGGAAGCAUUGGAGCCCAAGAAGCUGGGUGAAUACGACGAGGAAUACAUAGACUACAUUGUCGCCGUUCUAGAAAAGGCUCGUGAACAUGGCGUCACAGUCUUCAUUGAUGGUCACCAAGAUACGUGGUCUCGUUUCUCGGGCGGUUCUGGCGCUCCCCAAUGGACUUUCAAGCUUGCUGGUCUGGAUCCUAAGAAAUUUAGAGCAACCGGCGCCGCAGCCCUUUAUACCCCAGAAUCCGAAGCCGCACCGAAGGAAGAGAAGCCGUUCAAAUCGCCUUCCGACCGAUUAUGGCCCACGAACUAUGGCAAGUUUGCUGUGCUUACCAUGUUCACGCUCUUCUUUGGGGGUGAGAAAUGGGCACCGAAUUGUCUUACACCUGAAGGAGAAAACGUGGGAACCGUUUUACGAAGAGCAUACUGCAAUGCGUAUGCUCGUUUGGCUUUCCGGUUGAAGCACUUGGAUAACAUCAUUGGAUUUGACCCUAUCAAUGAGCCAGUCCCGGGAUAUAUCGGUCUCUUCGCCCUCACAGAGUUCAACGAGAAUGUCUAUUUGCAUUUGGGAUAUAUGCCAAAUGCAAUACAAGGGAUGGCCCUAGCAGGGGGCGCGAGGGUCGAAGAUGUUUAUAUAUACCGUCGGUCGUGGCCUGGUCCGUCGGUUCGGCCGAUGUAUCCUGAGGUUGCCCUGAAUAGCAAGCAUCAUAAGGCUUGGGUGGGGCCAGACAUUUGGAAAGAUCUUGGAGUCUAUAAGUUGGAUUCCAAAGGAAAUCCUGUACUGGGUGAGAAAGGGUAUACUUACUUCAGGAACGAGCAUGAUACGGGAGAACCUGUUAAUUUCGAAAGAGAUUAUUAUGUCCCGUUCGUUCGGCAAUACCAGGCUGCAAUCAAGAAAGCCUUGGAAGGCGGCAAGGCCUCCGACUGGAUGUUCGUAGAACCGAUUCCAAAUCUUGAUCCACCAACCUUCAAACCACAUAUCCAUCUUCCACCAGGUGGGGAUGCUGGAUUUUCGUCGGCAACAGGGCUAUCCGAUGAGAUCGCGACGCAUGACAACCUAGUGUAUGCACCUCAUUGGUACGAUAUCCGAGUGCUGUAUGAGAAGGCUCUCUGGUACACUGUAAACUUCAAUGUUACGGAGCUCGCAAAGGGCUCUCGUGAGAUGGGAUCACUUACAUUCUAUGGAAAAUCAGGCCUCAAGGAUAACUAUACCGCUCAGUUCGCUACCCGUGUCGAACAGCUCGCUGUCUUUAGACCUCCUCAUCCAGAAACUCAAGAUGUCGAUACGGCUGUGAAUAAGAUCAAGAACACCCCAACUCCGUUGAUGAUUGGAGAAACCGGCAUUCCUUUUGAUAUGAACAACCAAUCCGCCUAUGAAGACGGAAAUAUGCACACCCAAUUGGUGAUGAUGAAUGCCAUUUGCGGUGCUAUGGAGAGGCUGAUGAUGAACUGGACCCUCUGGACCCUAUCUCUCGAAACCGACUGCCUUCGUAACGCAGAUGGCACCCUCGGUGCACCAUUCGCCUGCGGUGAUGGUUGGAACAGUGAAGACUUUUCUGUUGUCACCCGAGACCCAGCUAUGACUGAAGUACCUUUCGACCCUUCAAAGCAAAGUCCUCUACCACCAGUCAAUGACAAUGGACAUAUACUUACCCGUGGACGAAUGUUCGGAGAGUUGUACAAAGGUUGUCGAGCUACUGGAUCGUGGGUACGGCCGUAUGCUCCAAAGACGGCUGGAGACCCAAAGAAUGCGGAGUUUGAUGCACAUGAAGCUAUUUAUAAGAUGACAUAUUCUGCUUCCAACGGCGAUACGGAGAUUUCAAGGACUACUGAGAUAUUCGUCCCGGUUUACCAUUAUAUGCGACGAGAAGUUACUCUGACGUGGUCCGUAGUAGGAGCGGAUAAAGUCAUAUUGGAAGAAAAUACUCAUAAAAUCAGUGCAGCCGAUGAUGCGCCAUUUACUUACAAAAAAGAUCAGGGAUACAUGGAGUUGGAUUAUGAUAUCAAGCAACAGAUGCUGAAGAUCAAGCAUGAGAAGAAGGCAGCUGAGUGUUUGAUCACUGUCGAAUUGAAAGCGGAGCUAGAGCCGAACACGGGCCCUUGGUGGGCAUGGAGAUGGCUAAGGAUGUUCUUUGGAAGUUUUCUAUAA